UUGUGUUGUUUUUGCCUAUGUUCGGGAAACCAGACAAAAUGGACGUCCGGUGCCACUCGGACACCGAGGCCGCCCGGGUCUCGAAGAACGCACACAAGGAGAGCCGAGAGAUCAAGGGCGCCGAGGGGAACCUCCCAGCCGCCUUCCUCAAGGAGCCGCAGGGCGCCUUUUCGGCGUCCGGCGCUGCGGAAGAUUGUAACAAAAGUAAAUCCAAUUCGGCAGCCGACCCGGAUUACUGCCGCCGGAUCCUAGUCCGAGAUGCCAAGGGGUCCAUCCGAGAGAUCAUCCUGCCCAAGGGUUUGGAUCUGGACCGGCCCAAGAGGACUCGCACGUCCUUCACUGCAGAGCAGCUCUACCGUCUGGAGAUGGAGUUCCAACGAUGCCAGUACGUGGUGGGCCGCGAGAGAACCGAGCUCGCCAGGCAGCUCAACCUCUCCGAGACCCAGGUGAAGGUCUGGUUCCAGAACAGGCGCACCAAGCAGAAGAAGGAUCAGGGCAAGGACUCGGAGCUGCGCUCUGUGGUGUCGGAGACUGCGGCCACGUGCAGCGUGCUGCGGCUGCUGGAGCAAGGCCGCCUGCUGUCACCGCCAGGCCUGCCCGCGCUCCUGCCGGUGCCCUCCCUGCUCGGCUCCGUCGCCAGCCGCCUGUCUUCCGCCCCGUUGACAAUGGCUGGUUCGCUAGCCGGGAAUUUGCAAGAACUCUCCGCCCGGUACCUGAGCUCCUCGGCCUUCGAGCCUUACUCCCGGACCAACAAUAAAGAAGGGGCCGAGAAAAAAGCGCUGGACUGAUUUUACGUGUUUCCCUGUAUUUAUAUUUAUAGUAUCUAUUGUGGUGAUAUUUAUGGAUUCACGCGCGUUAGGCGCCCAGGGCUCCUGCGCUGGCCUCCUGGCUCCACCAGGCCUCUGACAGCUCCCUUCCCACCACGCUCUGCGUCUCACUUGGGCUACUAUCUCCCUUCCCCCCACGCCCUCCAAUGCCCUUUUUUCUGAAUGCAGGAGCGAUCCAAAGAAUUGAGGGAAUUACCCGAAUUAGCCAACCUGAUGUCCCAACUAAUGCUCAGCUCUGGAAGGCAAAGACUGGUUCUAAGUCCGUGGCGCAGGACGCCUGCUCUAGAUCGGGCUGCUGCCGCUGCGGAUUAUUCCUAUGAAUAUUUGAAAGAGGAAAGCUUUACGCAGACCCCAGGGGCUGAAAAAGCGUGCAGGUUUCUUUAGACCAAAAAAGGAGGACAUUUCUUCCUCUUGCCAGAGAAGCCAGGGCUUUUGGGAGCCCCUGGGCCCCACUUUGCGGACCUCUCGGAAUUUUUGGUGCACACUUAGCUUCCUGGCGGACACUUUCUGCCGAGUUUUCUCCCUUUUAGGGAAACUGCGAUCACAGCCUCCUUUGACCCCAGGGAAAAAUAAACCAAACAUUAUAGUAGGCAACGGUAGUAAUAAAUUUAAUCUAAUCAGCAAUAAAGAUUGAUAAUAACUACUACAUCAAACCAGAUGAUGUGGAACCAGUUUUUAAAUAUUUGUAAUUAAUGGAGUUUGGAAGGUGUAAGAAAGAUCACAGUAGGGAAUGCGCCACGGGGCAAUGCGAAAUUAAAAGUUCUGGGUGUUUUGACUUUAAACAGGAAUUUAAAGGAGAGAAAGCAAAAGAAACGGUCACCAGUAAAGAAGUCAGAAUCUUUUCUUCGAGGCCUUUGGGGCAGUGUCGGACAGCUUCCUGCUUCUUCCGGAGGGCCCAGCGCGGGGCCGCAGGCAGCUGUCCGGACCUCAGCAUUUCCUCCCAGGGCCUCUCAGACGCGUGGCUGAGGGAGAAUUGCUGGGCUUGGAAACGAAUCUUAACACCCAUUGCCUCCUCUUCCACACUCCCGAGAUUAACAAAACCUUUCAAGCAAGCAAGAAACGCCUGGGUUUCAGCGCAGCUCUUUUUGUGAGGGGAGGUAGGGACGCUGCCCCGUCCCUCAAACCCCAAAGGUUUCCUGCAUGGCUGACAGGACAGGCACUGACUGUCGCUCUCUAACCACAGAGUUUUAGUGGUCCCAAGUCAGAACUCCGACUGUCAGGGUGGCGCGGCUGCACCCCUGCCCCGCGCAGCAAAGACAGUCCCCACAGCCACGGCCACCCGCAUUCUAACCAAAAUCACAGACCCAGACCGCGAGAUGCGCAGUGUCUAGAAUGUAUUUGUCCAUUCGAAAUGAGCGCAAACCAUUUUUUAAAAUAGUAACUUUAUUGUAAAUUAUUUAC